CUACUCCAUACACACCAUGAUGAUGAUUCGACCGAUUGUCAGUGGGGCCGCUCGUGGCGCCACCCGUCGCUCGAUUGCCGCUGCCGCUGCACCUGGCUUUGCGAGGACGCUGGCCACUGAGGCGCCCAAGCCGAGCGCCGGAAGCCCUCCUCCUUCCUCUUCCUCAUCCAACACCCCUCUGAUUCUCGCGCUUGCCGGUGUCGGUGGUCUGGGAGCUUGGUAUGCCAUGGGCGGCUUUGGCGACAAGCCCAGUGUACCCGGCACGGGAAGCGUGACGGGCGUGCUGGACAAGAACGCUUUCAAGGAGUUCACCCUCAAGGAGGUCAUCCCGUACAACCACGACAGCUCUACGUUCAUCUUUGAGAUCCCCCAAGACCAGAACUCGGGCAUGACGGUCGCCUCGGCUGUCGUCGUCAAGGGCGUCGGUGAGCAGGCCCCCAAGGACAAGGAGGGCAAGGACGUCGUCCGCCCCUACACACCCGUCACAUCACCCGACACCAAGGGCCACAUUGACUUCCUGAUCAAAAAGUACCCCAAUGGCGCCAUGACGGAGUACAUCCAUGCGAUGAAGCCCGGAGACAAGCUGGAGAUCAAGGGUCCCUUUGACAAGCAUCAGUACAAGGCCAACGAGUUCGAGGAGGUCGCCAUGAUUGCCGGUGGAUCUGGUAUCACGCCCAUGUGGCAGCUUCUCCAGGCUAUCAAGGGCAACCCGCAGGACAAGACCAAGGCUACCCUCAUCUACACCAACAAGACCGAGGCCGACAUUCUUCUCCGGGAAAAGUUCGACGAGCUCGCCAAGUCCGACGACAGGUUCACGAUUGUGUAUGGACUUGACAAGAAGCCCAAGAACUUCACGCAAGCAGAUGCUUUCGAGGGUUACGUCACGCCAGAGAUCCUGAGCAAGUACCUUCCGGCGCCUGCAAAGGCUGACAAGGUCAAGAUCUUCGUUUGCGGCCCUCCCCCUCAGGUCGAGGCCAUCAGCGGCGGAAAGGGCCCCAAGGGCUCCCAGGGCGACCUCAAGGGUCUCCUGGCUGACCAGGGUUACCAACCCUCGCAAGUGUACAAGAUGUAAAAUGCCCUCAUUCCUUGUCAAUUGGUAAUGCAGAGGUUCUUGGAAUUGAAGAAGCCCUCUAUAUUUGUCUAGAUGCGAAUACAGUACAGUACAAUGGUUUGUCAUGACCUCAUGACCAGAUGCGGAUGUGUAUGGACCAAUUCAUCACUCUAAGGCCUCGUAGCCAUC